ACACCAACGUCACCAGCACACUUUCAAUUUAACAUCCAAACACGUCGUUAUAUAGGUACAAUCAUAUGACAUAUUCGCCACAUAUACCUWUUGAAUCCGUCUUUUCGUUUGGGCAAGACAGUUGCCAUACAAUCGUAUAGUUGUUAUCAUACUAUAAUAUAGGUAUUUUAAUAUUUAUACGAAAUAAUUUCUGCGAGUACGUGUCCGCGUGSACCAAUCGUAUAAUCGAGUUUCCGCCUUUGGUUAUAAUAUACCAUCUUUAGUAUACCUACUAUGGAUUCGACCAAGUUGAAAAUUGCUUUGGUUUGGUUGCAACUGACGGGGAUGUGCGUGUGCCAAAAGUUCAGUCCCGUGUACCGGGGACCGAUCACCGCGGACAGGCAGACCGCAGUCGGCCAACAGCAGUACGCGAACAACGCUGCGUUGCUGCAAUCGGCCACCGCCGGUGACGUUUACCAACAAUAUCCGGAACAACAGUACAACUACCCGACACUGCCGUACUACUACCCGCCACAACAAAAACAAAUCUUGGAGAAGCAACAACAGUCUAGGUUGGAUCAACAACGGCUCCAGCUCCAGCAGUUGCAGCAGCUCCAGUCGUCCUGGGGUUACUACCAACCGGCUAUGUCGCCGCAGCAGCAGCAACAAUACACCAGUGAUUACCAACAGCAGUUGCAGCUGUUACAGCAGCUGCAGCAGCAACCGCAGCAACAGCAAUCGCAGCAGCAACAGCAAUCGCAGCAGCAGCAGUAUUACCAARCCGCGGAGAAGCCUUUGUUCAGGCCUGCGGCCAUACCGGUAAACGAGGCGCCCGCCGAAGGUCCGCAGCAACAGAAGCCGAACAGCUUGUACCAGCAGCAAAACGGCGCGUUAGCCAAUCAGCAAUUGCCUCAAAAUCCGCUGGGAGUGUACUACUCUUCGGCCGCCGACGUGUCGAAAUUUCAAUUUUCCGGCAACGGUGUCAACUAUUCGUAUUGAGUAAUAUGUGAAUUUUGUUAUGCAUUUUUCGUUUUUGUUUUCAUUAUUAUUAUUAUUAUUAUUAUUAUUUCAUUAAUACUAAUUUUAUUG